UUUCCAUUUCUAGAACCCUCUACUCUCUCCCUAAAACCCUCACAGCUCAGAAGCGCAGAGGGGGGCUUCUUCACUCUUCACUCUUCACUCUUCACUCUUCACUCCUCAGUUCUCACUUGUCUUCAACAUUUUCAACCUAGAAGUAUGACAUCUGCUUCUUUGGCUUCACUUCCCUCAUCUUCUUCAUUUGCCCUCAAAAAUACCCACAACAAAGUAUUGAAUUUGAGCACCAACUUUUGCCCACAUAAUAAAUUGCCUAGAAAUUGUCCCAAAUUUAGCAUUUCUAAGAAAAAUUCCAAUAAGUUAUCUGUUCGUUGUGAUGCUGCUGUUGCCGAAAAAGAGGUGGCUUUUGGUGAGAAGUUUGAGUAUCAAGCCGAGGUGAGUAGGUUGAUGGAUUUAAUCGUUCAUAGCCUAUACAGCCACAAGGAAGUGUUUCUUCGAGAACUUGUUAGUAAUGCAAGUGAUGCGUUGGACAAGCUCAGAUUUUCAAGUGUGACCGAGCCCUCCCUACUCGGGGAAGCUGGAAAUCUUGAAAUACGCAUCAAACCUGAUCCAGAUAACGGGACCAUCACAAUUAUGGAUACCGGUAUUGGAAUGACAAAAGAGGAGCUUGUUGAUUGCUUGGGAACUAUUGCACAGAGUGGCACCUCAAAGUUCCUAAAGGCAUUGAAGGAAAACCAAGAUGGUGCUGACAAUAGUUUAAUUGGACAAUUUGGUGUUGGAUUUUACUCCGCAUUUCUGGUUGCAGAUAGGGUUGUCGUGUCCACGAAAAGCCCAAGGUCCGACAAGCAGUAUGUCUGGGAAGCAGUAGCUGAUAGUAGCUCAUUUGUGAUCAGGGAAGAAACUGACCCUGAGAAGAUCCUGAAGCGUGGAACGGAAAUCACAUUGUACCUAAGGCCUGAUGACAAGUAUGAAUUCUCAGACCCUGGCAUGAUUCAAAGUUUGGUGAAAAACUAUUCACAAUUUGUUUCUUUUCCCAUCUACACAUGGCAAGAAAAAUCAAGGACUGUUGAGGUGGAGGAAGAAGAACCGAAAGAGGGAGCAGAGAAACCGGAGGAUGAAAAGAAAAAGAAGACUGUCAGUGAGAAAUAUUGGGACUGGGAGUUGACCAAUGAGACCAAGCCUAUAUGGAUGCGAAGCGCUAAAGAUGUCCCAAAGGAUGAGUACUAUGAAUUUUACAAGAGAACAUUCAGUGAAUUCCUGGACCCACUUACAUGUACUCACUUCAUGACAGAGGGAGAAGUUGAGUUUCGGAGUGUGCUCUAUAUCCCUGGGAUGGCACCUAUGAAUAAUGAAGAUGUUACAAGUCCGAAGACAAAGAACAUACGGUUGUACGUAAAACGAGUAUUUAUUUCGGAUGAUUUUGAUGGUGAACUGUUCCCUCGAUAUUUGAGCUUUGUGAAAGGUGUGGUGGAUUCCGAUGAUCUUCCUCUUAAUGUUUCUCGGGAAAUUCUUCAAGAGAGCAGAGUUGUAAGAAUCAUGAGAAAAAGACUAGUAAGAAAGACAUUUGACAUGGUGCAAGAGUUAUCAGAGAGUGAAAAUAAAGAGGACUACAAAAAAUUUUGGGAGAACUUUGGUAAGUUUCUAAAACUGGGUUGUAUCGAGGACACUGGAAACCACAAACGGAUCACACCUCUUUUGCGGUUCUACUCAUCAAAGAGUGAAGAAGACUUGAUAAGCUUAGAUGAGUAUGUUGUAAACAUGGGUGAGAAACAAAAUGCUAUCUACUACUUGGCAACAGACAGCCUCAAAAGUGCAAAGAGUGCACCGUUCUUAGAGAAGUUAUUACAAAAGGAUAUUGAGGUUCUGUUCUUAGUUGAGCCAAUAGAUGAGGUUGCCAUCCAGAACCUGCAGACAUACAAAGAGAAGAAGUUUGUUGAUAUCAGCAAGGAAGACCUGGAACUUGGUGAUGAGGAUGAAGUAAAGGAAAGGGAGACUAAACAAGAAUUCAAUCUUCUGUGUGACUGGAUGAAACAACAACUUGGUGAUAAGGUUUCAAAGGUCCAAGUCUCUAAUCGUCUUUCUUCAUCUCCUUGCGUGCUUGUUUCUGGGAAAUUUGGAUGGUCAGCAAACAUGGAAAGGUUGAUGAAGGCACAAACUCUUGGAGACACUUCAAGCUUGGAGUUCAUGAGGGGUCGGAGGAUAUUAGAGAUCAAUCCUGAUCAUCCUAUUGUUAAAGACCUUCACGCUGCCAGCAAGAAUGAACCGGACAGCAGCGAAGCCAAAAGAGCUGUUGACCUCUUAUAUGAAACAGCCCUUGUAUCGAGUGGAUUCACGCCUGACAGCCCAACGGACUUGGGAAACAAGAUCUAUGAGAUGAUGACAAUGGCCCUUGGAGGGAGAUGGGGCAGAUUAGAUGAUGAAGAAGAAGAAAAGUCAUCAGAAGAGCCAAGUGCAAGUGCAGAUUCCCAAGUGGUUGAGCCCUCGGAAGUCAUAACGGAAAAUGACCCAUGGCAAGAUUGAUGGGAUGAUUCUAGUCAUUAACAUUUUUAUUGUUUGGUUGGUAGACUCAACAUUUAUACCUUCCAUGGAACUGUAUGGAAGAUGGAAGUAAUAGCUAGACUAUAGUAGACAUGGUAGAGUACAGGGUAUUCCUUUUUAGAGGAAAGUUGAUUAUCAGUUAGUGCUUUUCUUUCUCCUAAGAUAUCAAAUUAGCUAAUUUAAGAUUAGUUAUCAUCUACAAAAGAACAAUGUGUCGAGUUCAAUUUGCAUCUUAUAUAAGGUGUUUACUCAUGAAACAGAACAGGUAUCAUGACAAUCUCAGAUGAUUCUAUGUCUAAGUAAUUCUUGUUUUAAGUUCA